CAUUCGCAUAUUAUAAAAAUCCUACAAAUUCAAAGCGAAAAAACUUGCAUUAGUAUCCAAGUUCAGCGACUCCUCAUCGACUGCGAUCACAUUUAUUUCGUUUGAAAAGUAGCUUGAACUUUUCAAGAUGAAGAACUUUGCCAAUCCAAGGACCAUGUUCAAGUCAUGCUCCAACAACGAUGAUUUCUCUACUCAGCCAGUACAGAGUGACUCGUUUAAUAAGAGUGGCAACAAGAUGGUCCCGAAACCGGUCUCUUUCAGCGGCAGCCACAAGAGCAACUUGAAUGCAGAAUGUCGCAGCAACGAUGGCGAAAACGCUUCCUCGCAAGAGUCGAGUGCUCGUUUGCAGGUGGAUGGGUACACAGCUGGUAUGGAUUAUAUUAUGCCAUUGGGACGCAGCGAUCCCAGUGAUGGAGCUGGAGCGGUUAUGGACAGCGAUGAGCCAGUGAUCGACAGCAGUGAGACGGAGCAGUUACCAAGUGAACCGCAUCAUCCAUUGCAAAAUGAGUGGACGCUAUGGUAUUUAGAGAUUGAUCGCACCAAAAAUUGGGAAGAAAUGCUACACGAGGUUUUCACUUUCAAUACGGUCGAGAACUUCUGGAGCCUAAUUCAUCAUAUUAAAACGCCGUCGGAGAUCAAAAUGGGCAGCGACUAUUGCCUGUUCAAGAAAGGCAUACGGCCCAUGUGGGAGGAUGAGGCCAAUGUGAAGGGCGGGCGUUGGGUAAUCAACAUCAACAAGAUCAAUAAAAAUUCUUUGGAUAAUAUCUGGUUGGACACCAUGAUGAUGCUGAUCGGCGAGAGUUGUGAGUGCUCGCAGGAGCUGUGUGGUGCUGUCGUCAACACACGAAUCAAAAACAGCAAAAUAUCAAUAUGGACAGCCAAUGGGAGCGAUGAGGCAGCCGUUCUCGAGAUUGGGGGCAAGCUGCGUGAUGGCCUGCACAUAGAUAGCAGCUAUGAGCUACGCUAUCAACUACACACGGACAACAUGGCCAAUUCGAAGUCUGUCGUAAAGACCAUUUACACAUGCUAAAGUUCACAUAAUUUCAACUCCAAUGAUGCCAGUUAAAUUCGCUGUGAAAUCCGUUCUUUUAAAUUGAUUUAGCUCUUUUGGACUUGUUGACUGUCAAUACUAAAAUUAUCAUACAAAUUCCAUGUUCCUUUAUAUAUGUAAAUAGCUAUAACCAAUUGAAGUUCUGCUAAUAUAGAAAGUAUAUUUAAAUCUGUCAAGAAAUUUAAAUAUAUUUUCUAUAUUAACUUCAACUUCGAUUUUGUUAUGUCCAAUUAUAGAAACUUUAGCACUUCAUUUAUGUAAUUACAAACAUACAAAUUGUUCACAAAUUGGAGGAUUGAGUAAAUAAACGUACAAGCUCUA